CAAAUCCGUUGUCUGUGCCGCGAGCGUGAAGGUCUGGAAGAGAUUGAGCGCAUGGGAGGCGAGAUUAUGCAAGUCAACUAUCAGGACGAGAACAAGCUCCGCCAGGCUAUGAAGAAUGCCCGCUGCGUGUUUCUGAUUCCCGAGAAUUCGUCUCAGCGAAUGAAGGAAGCUGAAAACGUGAUCAAGGCUGCCAAACAGGAAAACGUGGAACACAUGGCGAUGAAGUCAAUGAUUGGGGUUGAGCACAUCAAACAGCAAGACCGUGAACGCCUCCGCCAUAUGCACGAGUACCACCAGAUCGAACAGAAGCUCAAGCAAGAAUUCAAAGGCGAGAAGCACUGUGUGAUCCGCACCCCGAUCAACAACCAGCUCUUUUACUUGAUGACGCCCAUGGCCGAGGAAAAGCAAGCGCUUUGCCUGCCGGUCAAGAAGGAUGCCAAGUUUGGCUGCGUCGACCUGCGCGACGUGGUGGAUGCCAUCGCGAACCUGGUUCGUGAAAAGAUGGGCCAGCCGUCGUUCGCCAGCCAAAAGCAAAUGUACCAGUUCACGCCUCCCCAGAACUUCAAGGGCGAGGAGAUUGCGCGCGGCAUGGCGAUGGUCGUCGACAAGAGCCCGGAGGAGUUCAAGUUCCAGCAAAUCGACAAAAAGGAAUGGCAAAAGUAUAUGCGUGAGCGUCGUGAGGACCACCGUUUCAAAGAGCGUCCCCAGGAGGAGCAAGGCACCGAGAAGCCCUACACGAUGCCUAUCGGCCGCUACUUUAACGAUGAUCUUGUCGAGAUGCUCUAUGAAUGGUUCGAGCUUGCCUCGCAAGGCCAUGCGGAUGUCACGACCAAGGACUUGCAAGAAGUGCUGCAGCAUGAACCCAGAGACUUGCAAGAGUACUUUAAGAGCAACCGCGACCAGUUCCGUCGCUUCCGCUGAAUUUAGGGAGUACUCGAGUCUGCCUUUCCAGCCGUCAUCUUCAGCACCACCAUGGCAGUAUUAUCAGUAGUUAGUCAAUUCAUAACAAUACCUGUCUCUCUCUCUCU